AAAGUGGACUCGCAGGAACACUCGCAAAGUCAGAACGAAGAACCAUGAAGGUCCUUGCUGUGCUCGUCCUCGCCGUUGUCAGUGCCUGCCAGGCCAACGUCUUCUAUGCUGAUGCACCCAAGCCACAGCUGGAUGUGCUGACUGAUGCCUUCUGGGACUACGUUGCCCAUGCCACCAAGACAGCUGACGACACCAUUGCCAUGAUCAGGAAGUCUCAGUUUGGACAGGAUGUCAGCGCCCGUCUGACCGAGAGCACCGAUGUGGUCAGCAAGUAUGCAGUCACCCUCCAGGAGCAGCUCCCCCCUGCAGCCCAGGACCUGAUCACCAAGGUUACCACCGAGGCCGAAGUGCUGAGAGAGCGUGUGAACCACGAGCUGAGCACCGUCCAGGAAAAGCUGGAGCCCUACACCGAGGACAUGAAGAUCCAGAUCCAGCAGAGGGUGGAGCAGCUGAAACAGGAGCUGGCCCCCUACGCCGAGUUCGUGGACACCGAGAUCCUGAGGAUCAUGCUGAUACAGAAGAGUGAGCAGCUGAAGACCAACUUGGAGCAGAUUAUGAAGGAUCUGCAGGCUCAGGUGGGGCCUUACACCGAUGACCUGAAGUUGAAGGUGGACCAGCACCUGCAGAAAUUCAAGGAGAGUGUGGUCCAGGUUGAGCUGACCCAGAGAGCCCAACAGGUGAAAGAAUUGGCUGCCCCAUACGUUGAUGAGCUGAGGGAAAGGCUGGACCCCUAUGCCCAGGACCUGAAGGCCCAGCUCACCUCCCUCUAUGAGUCUUUUGUUGCCAAAGCCCUCUAAGUCAACCUCCACCUCAUGUUGAACAGCAAAGAACUGCUUCUGAUGAACACACAUCUCAGAUCCGUGUUCAUGUUUUAAUAACAUGAAAACACUUUUGAAAGUUGAACUUGUCUUAAACUAUAUAUAUUUAAAGGUAUUGAAAGCAAAGACAAGUAAGACAUAUGGAGUGUUGGUCUGGGACCAGACGCUGUGUUCUCUUUCUAUGCUCUGAAAAUAAAAGCAAAACAUCAA